AUGCGAAGGCGAAUUAAAUCUCGCCGUACUCGGGCGGUAAUCAAACGUCCACGGCGAGGUAGCGUUGUCGAAAACCACCCUACGCCUGUCAAAGAAGAGCACAAGUCUGACGCAGUGCCGCCUAUUCUCGAACAGAUUAUCCGUAAGCCACUCAAUACUGCGCAUAUUAGCCGCACACGCAAAUCAAGACGCAAGAAUAAGGCCCAGCGCAACCAGUUGCUUAGUUUAUUUGCUCAACGAUUGCAAGCUUCCAAUCACUGGAAUGGAAAGUUGAUACGACCCCACGCCGUUCUCAAUUGGCUCGAGAAGACGGAGCCAUACAGCGCAGAGUAUCUGCUAGAGAACGCCGAAUCGAUAAGCUAUGAGGAUGGUGAUGAUAAAUCGGAUCCAGUAUUCAGCGCAGAGCUUGACUCCAUCAUCAACAAAUUUUCAGUCUCGAAAAUUGACAACUCUUCAACAGCACAGGACAGCUUCGAAAUUCCAAAGGACUACAGCAUGAUACUCACCCCUUUUGCAGCGAGCGGGCACGCUGAUCAUGAAGCAAUGAUGGUUUUUGAGGAUCAAAAGCAGAAUUUCAUAGAAAGAUUGCAGUCCGGAAGGCGUGUCUCGAAAGCUUUGUCAGAAACCGACGAUGAAGAUGAGGAGAUGAUAGAUGCUUUGACCAAGCAGAUCAGGAAUAGUCAAAGCCAGCAGAACAUGCUAGAUACAGUGAUUGAGGAGGAUUCGGAUACAUCAGAGGAUGCAAUACAGUCAACAAAGCAGCACAGCGGGGCUGCCAAAGUCCAAAGAGGCUUUGAUGCCGUACAGGUCCUCAAGAAGCAUGCGAUUAGCUUUGAGAACAUCAAUAUGCCCCACAUUUGCAACCUGACUUCACCUAUCCAUCCAAUCUUCCGCGAAGAGAAUUUUCACGACUGUCCUCAAUAUAUCUACGAUGUUUUGAAGCCCGGUCUACAACUAUGCACAUUAUUGCUGACACAUCGUGCUACGGCUUGCUUUUGGCUCACUCUUUGUAACGGAGAACGAACCACAACGGCAAAUCAUAAUGUCAAGCGUAUCAUCAAGGACGUUACGUGGUCGAAAGCUCUAGCUGAUCAGUAUGCUUCUCAGCUUCUGCGAUUUGCUCGUUCUCUUCACUUCCAUUUCGGUCUAUUCCCUACUCCGAAGCAUACUAUGGAGUAUAGCUAUGCCUCAAUGCAUCCUAUAAAGGAUCACCUCGUGGGCUGGCAGCCAAAACCUGGCGAACCAUGUCGGAGGAGCCGCAUCCGUUUGCACACCGAUUUCUACACAACGGCUCGCAAGCUGAGCAAGCUACGUAAUCCGGAUCACGCUCAAGUUCUUCGCUUCAACUUCUUCUUUGCCGUCAAUCUAGCUCACGAGAUGGCUCAUUUCUUGUGGAUGUCUAAUUGGAACACGAAGAGGCUUGAUAUCUACAGCUUCGACACCGAGGUGCUUGCGGUCGAUGCAGAGCCUGAACCCUACUUUAAUGACCAGGCGUUCAAUGAACUUGGCGCUGCCUUUGAAACAAAGAUCUUUGGUGGCCGAAUUGAGCCAAUAUCUUGCCGUGUGGAUUGUGCUUAUGGCUUGACUACGUCGGACCAGCCAAACACAACGGAUCCACAUCCAACGAGGACAUUUUACACAAUACCGAUGGAUUACAUCGCCAAAAUACAACAGCAGAGUACAUGGGAGCAGGUACAGGAAGAUGCAUGUGAUCCCAAAGUUUUUCAUAUUCCCCGUAAUGGAGCUGAAAGCAUCAGUGUCCCUUACUUUGACAUGACGAUUUGGCGAGAUGAGGCUACAGAUGGGAAAGUCAGUGAUAUUGGUUUAAAAAAACAAACACCAUUCAAGAGGAUGGACACUGGCAUUAUUAGGGCUGAUGAACUGGAAAAAACGGCAUAA